AACGGCGUCGCGACUUUAUUGUUAUGCGCCAACAAUAACACCGAACAAAUACCAGUGCAAACAAAAAUCACCAACCCCAUUGAGUGUGGGACUUUGUAGUUAUUUUCACAGGCAGGACCGGUCUAUUGUUGAGCUCUGUUGGGCGCCGGUAAAUCGAUCUGCCAGGGAAAUUUUGGAGAGUUGGAUGAACGCAGGUUGAUGAGUUCAACAGGUGGUUGGGCGCAACUCUGCCUUUGAUGAAAUUGGACGGUAGCGCAGACGAAAUGGUGUAUCAGUUAAGACCCGUUGAUUCGACAAGUGAUAAAGUUCAUAUACUCGACAGCAGAUUGGCUUCAAAGAAACACUUUUAUUGCCUGCAGUGCAGAUUGAGAAGGGAGGGGUAUAUCCGGAAAUUUACAGGGACAAAAUCGACUUGAGAUUGAUGAACACGUCCAGGAUUAAGAAGUGAUCAACUCUGUUGAAACGGGGUGGCAACAGGUGUGACUUGAAGCGCUCACUGUUCAAACGAGAUGGAUGAUGUUAAAAUUACAGUAUAUGUUACGUGAGCGAGACUCAGUGAACUUUUCUCGUGGAAACCUCAACUCCCGUGCGUGGUCAGGUUUGGUGCGAGAAAGAUUCGUGAAAAACAUUAAAUUAAAAAAAACUCAUCAUUUGCUUGCAGACUCUGAUACACAUGUGCAUGUACAUCGAAGAUUUGGCUAGUAUACAUCGAUUGAUGAUGAUAUGGUCAUGCGAAUGCUGUAAUGAAUUAAGUACAUGGAAUAAUUCAUGUGUCCCAUUGUGUCUGCAACUAUCAUGCUGGCGAUUCACAACAUGCAAUGACGAUGUGGAGGAAAUUAACAUUGUGCUACGGUGGAGGUGUUUGCAGCUCGUUGGCACUGGGACGCAGACGUGGAGCUUCCGCUAGACAUUGCUCUCGCUGCAUGUGAAUAGUCUGACUGUCGUCGCGUCGGUAGGAGCAGCACCGAAAGCACAUCCAUCACCACCGUUGUCAUCAACCAUUCAUUAUUUGUUGAAUUUCACGGUCUGAGAGAAAAUGGCGGCCGAGGACAGCAUGCUGUCGGCACCACUGGUCCUGCCGAAGCAACCCCAGCCGUUUGCUGUGAUCAGCGAGCAGUGGCAAGAUCGACUCCAGCUCAGCUCCCCUCGACCGGAGACGAGUGGAGACUCCGCGGAAGGGGACAUUUACAGCUUCGGCGACGUCUACGAGGAGAACCUCUACAAACUCAUCCACAAGCACCUGGAAUUGGACACCCACGACCGGCUGGCCUACGUAGGUGCUAGCAAAGGUAGCCUUGCCGAGAAAAUCCGGGACAGGUUCUGCCUCCUUCAGCCCAUGGUCAACAUCUUCCCUGGCUUGAUCCACUACGAGGAGACCCCGAACCAGCGAAUGCUGCCUUUCAAGAUUUGUCAUGUGGGCGCAGAGGAGUACUUCCGUCAGCUGUCGGAAGACCUGGUGAGUGAUCACAAGGAGCAGCCAUUCGAUAAGAUCAUCUUAAAGGAUUCCGUGCAACACCUAACCAGCCUGGCCGAGACCUUCUCGCAUAUCAUGAGAACCCUGAGCCCAAAUGGGAAGGUCCUGAUCAUCCACCGGCCGGGACCCAUGAGCACCCUGCCCGUCUUCAGCGAGGCCUCCCGGCGGUUCAUCGAGAAUGACUUAGACGAGCCCUACAUCAAGAUCAUUCGGAGCCUGCAAGAGAUCAAGGUAGACGCCAAGUGGGAGAUCGAGACCCUGCCAAUCGUCAUGUCAAAGGUCAAGUGGCUGGCUAUGCUCCAGGAGAAGUUCCCGCCGCAGAUGGAGAUUAUUAGCAACUACCAGGUGCAGACGGGCAUCCGGGAACUCACGGAGGGGAUGUUCAAAUACCAGGGAGAGGAGGUUGAGUUCUUCGACCGACUGCUGUUCAUCACGGCGUCACACCGCAUGAAGGACAGCGAGUUUCCCAGCAUCCAGCGACAUGGAGCAGCCGCCGGAAAACCGUACCCAGGCCUCAUGGACAUGAAGUACACGUUACAAGUAACCGGUGAUAUUUAUGGUCACGUGCAAAAGAGAGUGGAGGAAGAAGACAAAAACAAGAAGAUUUUGUUUUAGUGAGAAAAAUUCAUAAAAUACAUUUUUUGUGUGUGUUGUCGCACCGAUGGCCAACUAUUCUCCAUGUACAAUACGUUAAAUAAGGAAACAAUGGACUUGCUAAAUUACAAUUUAUGUGGACAGCGCCAAAUUGCUUUUGCAUUCUGUAAAUUUGAUCGAUGGUAAAAUUGCAAAGUUGUACUUAAUUUGUUCUCACUGUUGCACUUCAUUUCUCUUUAAUUUUAUACUAAUAAUUUUACCGUGACUGUGAGAUGGAAUUUCAUUCCUUUUUAGUGUUUUGCGGUAAGGUUAGCAUUCUCGAAAAAAAUCAGAGAUUUAAAAUCUUAAGUUAACCCUUUGCUUUUUUGAAAUUUCAACAAGAAAAAACAGAAAAUUAAAAUUGCUUGCAUUGGCCCAAAUGUCAAACUU